AUGUCCUCAUCUGUCGGCGCUACUCUUGAAGCUAUCAAAUAUACUCGUGGAUCUUUGGAAAUUCUUGACCAAUUGCUCAUUCCGAAGUCAUUUAUCUAUGAAGUUGUUGAUACAACUGAAAAGGCUUUCCAUGCCAUUAGAGAUAUGAAAGUUAGAGGUGCUCCAGCUAUUGCCAUUGUUGCCGUUUUGACCUUGGCUGUUGAAGCUAACCAACUUUUGCAAAGUAAUGAUGCUCUCUUGGCUGAUGCUUCUGCUAUUGCUAAAUUAUUUAAUGAAAAAUUGGAUAGAUUGGCUGAAAGUAGACCAACCGCUGUCAAUUUGUUCCAAGCUGUUGGUGAUUUUAAGAAUAAGAUUGCUCAAUCACUUGAAACUAACAAGACUGGUACCGAAAUUGUUCAACUCAUCAUUGAUGAAGCUGAAGCCUUGAUGAAUAGAGAUAUUGAAGAAAAUGCUAAAAUUAGUGAAUGUGGUAGUGAUCAUAUCAUUUCAACCAAUCCAUCGAGCACUACUUUGAAAGUUUUGACUCACUGUAAUACUGGUGCUUUGGCUACUAUGAAGUAUGGUACCGCAUUGGGUGUUAUUCGUUUCUUGCAAAAGAAGAAUGUUUUGGAACAUGCCUUCUGUACUGAAACUAGACCAUACAAUCAAGGUGCUAGACUCACUGCUUUCGAAUUGGUCUAUGAAAAGAUUCCAUCUACAUUGAUUUGUGAUUCUGCUGUUAGUUACUUGUUCAAGACUAAGAAGAUUGAUGCUAUCAUUGUUGGUGCUGAUAGAGUUUGUAAUAAUGGUGAUACUGCCAACAAGAUUGGUACUUAUCAUAUUGCUGUUAGUGCUAAACAUCACGGAAUUCCAUUCUAUGUUGCUGCUCCAUUCACAUCUAUUGAUUUGACUCUUGCUUCUGGUGAUUUGAUUACCAUUGAAGAAAGAAGUGAAAAGGAAAUUACUCACUAUAGAAAUAAUGAUGAACGUGCUGUUGUUGAAAAUAUUGGUGUUUGGAAUCCAGGUUUUGAUGUCACAACUGCUGAUUUAAUUUCUGGUUUCUUUACUGAUAUUGGUGUUUUCACUCCAUUGACCUGUGCCACUACUGGUAAGAAGUAUUACGAUUUAAAGACUCAACAAGCUGAAAAGUUGAAACAACAAUAA